UAAUGCUUCAAGCUAGUGAGGGGCUCCAACACCAACAACAACUUACAACGGAGCCUGCCCUUGUUAUGAGCUCCACCAUCGUCACCUUCGGAAUUCCGACUCCGAAUUCUUCGAUUGCGUCGUGGAAUUCCUAGCAUAUCGUGAAGGCUAUUCCCGCUUGACUCGAUCAGACUUCGUCAUGGCUUGUUAUCUAUAAAUAGGUCUUUUCCCUGUAGAUAACCAGCCAGCCGCGCCGCUUUAUUAGCUCUUUAAUUUCCGCUGCCUCCAGGUUCACCACCAACAAACAGCAUCACGUCUUGAGCUCGGGAGGCACAUCAAGGCAUCAAUUGCGGCCAAUUGGAACUCUCUGAGCAUCCUUGGGGCUAAUUGAGCACAUAACCGUGGACAUAUCGAGUAAUCAGAAAGAAGCAGCAUCGAACCAGGCCAUGGCCAAGCUCGAGGCCGGCUCCUCGCCUCCGCCCUACGAGGCAGCUGCAUAUCCCAAGACACAGUCCGCAAGACGUCUGUACAGGAUCUUCUCUUUCCGCGCCGUCGUGGCCGUUGUGGCCUUGACAUUAUUCCUGUGUUUGAACUCAUACCUGAGCCUCUCGUCCCGCCCCAGACUGUCCUCCUUGGAUGAAAAGAAGUUCCAGGCCGGCCUGGCCAGAUGCACCGCCAUCACAACGCUGCCAGCCAGGUGCAACCCAGAGGACCGCAAGGAGAACCCAAGAUGGAACACGGCCAGCGGGCAAGACCACACGGUGGUCCUGCGCAACGCCACGCUCUUCGACGGUGCGGACUUUAGCGAGGACCCCGUGGACGUCACCUUCACCCACGGCCUCAUCACCUCCAUAUCGCUCUCGAAAGACGCCGCCCCCGCCCCGGCUGGCGCAGAGGAGGUCCAUCUCCACGGCGCGUACGUCACCCCGGGGCUCGUCGACAUGCACUCGCACCACCUGGUGGAGGACUGGCCGCAGAUCCAGGAGAUCCCGGACGGCAACGAGAUGUUUGGGGGCUUCGGGCCCCUGACGCCGUUCGUGCGCGCGCUGGACUCGAUGAAGGCGUACGACGUGGCGACCAGGCUCAUCGCGAGCGGCGGGGUCACCUCGAGCCUGAUCAUCCCGGGCUCGGCCAACAUCAUGGGCGGCGAGGGCGCCGUCGUCAAGAACAGCCUGCGGUCCGGAGCCAACGGCGAGUUCGUCGUCGAGGAGAUGCUGCUGGAGCACGGCCUCCCGGCCGAGGGGAGGCGGCGGUACAUGAAGAUGGCGUGCGGGGAGAACCCCAUCGGCGUCUACAAGCACACGAGGAUGGGCAACGCGUGGGUGCUGAGGAAGUGGCUGGCCCGGGCCAAGGAGCUCGUCGACAAGCAGGACGGCUGGUGCGAGGCGGCGGGGGCGGCGGGGGCGGCCUCGGCCUCGGCGGCGGCGAGGGCGGCCCUGCUGGCGGACAAGGGCGGCUUCCCCGAGGAGCUGGAGCUGGACAGCACCGCGGGCAUGCUCAGGGGCCGGGUGGCGAUGCACAACCACUGCUAUGAGCCCCAGGACUUUGAGACCAUGCUCCGCAUCUCGCACGAGUUUGGGUUCCGCGUGAGGGCGUUCCACCACGCCAUCGCGGCCUGGCAGGUCCCGGAGAUGCUCAAGGAAUAUGGCGAGAACCUCACAAUCGCCACGUUUGCCGAGUUCGCCCUCUACAAGAAGGAGGCGUACGCAGCAAGCCUCUCGGCGGGCAAGAUCCUCAACGACCACGGCAUACCCGUCGCCUACAAAUCGGACCACUCGAUGGAGGACCUGAACUCAAAAUACCUCCUCCUCCAGUCCGCAGUCGGACACAGCUUCGGGCUGCCGGCGGACAAGGCCCUGCAGGCCGUCACCUCGGUGCCAGCCGCCUCGCUGGAGAUCGACGACCGCGUGGGCUACGUCCGGACGGGCUACGACGCCGACAUCGUGGUCUGGGACUCCCACCCGCUGUCCGUGGGCGCGACGCCGAGGCAGGUCUUCAUCGACGGCGUCGCCACGCUGGACCCCGCCGGGGUCGAGGCCGGCUCGGCGCGCGUGGCCGCGGCCCACCCCGGCGCGGACGCCCACCGCGGGGCCGGGAAGCCCGCGAUGCGCGCCACGGUAGCACUCGGGGAGAGGGAGAGGCUGUGCGCCGGGGCCGGGGACCAGGGCAGGGGCUUCGUGAUCAGCGGCAUCACGACGUCCUUCCUGGACGAGUUCCCCGGGUUCGCCGCGGCCUCCUCCUCAAGGCAGCCCGCCCGGGGCGGGAACCUCACCAUGGUCAUCGCGGACGGCAGGGUCGCCUGCCUCGGCGCCGGGGCGGACUGCAGCGUGGCUGCCGACACGCUCCGCCAGGCGGGCGACGCGCGCGUCACCUCUGUCCGCCUCGAGAACGGCCACCUCAGCCGCGGGCUGGUCGCCGUGACGUCCACGCUGGGCAUGGCCGAGAUCGCCAUGGCCCCGACCACGGGCGACGGCGUCGUGAAGGCGGCGGCCUCGGGGGCCGGCCACGCAAAGUACGGCGUCAGCCUCGGCGGCGGCAAGACCACGUCCAAGAACUUUGCGCGCGCGCGGCUGGGCGGCGUCACGCGGGCCGUGCAGGCGCCCGUGUCUGAGGGGGGCCUGGUGGUCGGGGUGUCGACGGGGAUGCGGACGGGGCAGAACAGCACGCUCCUGAACGGGGGCUUGUUCCAGGAGGAUGUCGCCAUGCAUGUUGCGCUGGGGGAGGACGCCAAGGCGGGCGGCGGGGCUGUGAGUGUUGCUGUUGAGAAGCUGAGGGGGCUGAUCAGGGCGGGUGGGAAGAAGGGGUCGAAGGAGACGGAGGAGGGUGAUGAUGUUGAGGACCCGUGGGUGCUGGUUGCCAACGGGUCCUUGCCCUUGGUCGUCAAGGCGGACAGCACUCAUGACAUCCAGCAGGUUAUCCUGCUGAAGAGGGACUUCCCUAAUGUCAACACGGUCAUCCUCGGAGGACACGAGGCGCCGCUGUUCGCAGAGGAGAUCGCCAGGGCGAAGAUACCACUGAUCUUCACAGGCACCAGGCCCGGGCCGGACUCGUGGACCAAGAAGGACUCGCCCCCCGGCCCGCCACUGGGCCGCAGCCCGGCCGACAUACUCAGCGAGGCCGGGGUGUUUUACGCAGUGGCUAUCAACACAGAUGGCGGCCCGCCCGGAGACUCCCGCAUCCAGUCGCUGGCGCUGGAGGCCUCGUGGACGGCCAAGUACGCGGGGCUCUCGGACCAUGAGGCGCUGCGGCUCGUGUCGAGCAACGUGGAGGAGAUCCUGGGCCUGGAGAGGGGCGGUGACGUCGUGGUGUGGGAGGGCAACCCGCUGCAGUUUGGGACGCCGGUGCUGGCGUUCCAGGCGCGGGGGGACGACGGCGGGAGGCUGGAGGUGGGGAGUUGCUGGCCGAGCGAGGCGGAUGAAUGAGUGAGUGAGUGUAUGUAUGUUUCAGGCGAUGUGGGCACGUGGGAUGUCUAGUGGGAAAUCAAACAUGUGUGUACGAGAUUGGACUUGGAGUUGGUGUGAUGAUCUAUCUAUUACGACGGAGGCAGGUGCAGCAACCGUGUGAGAUACGAGAAGAAGCAACAAGUCGGCACUGGGAGUACUAGCAUCUGCGCAUGCACAAGCCACGCAGCCACGGGCGUGCGGACUGCCGGGUGGGAAGCAGGGCAAGACUCGGACACCUGGCACCUGGCACUCAUCCAGCCAUUUUUCCUCUUCUUGCCUGCACACAGCAGGGCACAACACCUGUCAUGGCACGUUGCACAACAACCCCCCAUCCAACAGGGCGGUGUCAGCGGGCGGGAACGGAGGGUAGCUGCAUGACGGGAGCAGGCGUGGCUUGGGAGGGCAUCCUGAGACGAGGAUUGGGCGGCUUGUCCGGGACCUGGCCCUGUGCUGCGGGUUGUGAUAGGUCUCUGCGGCGGUGUCUCUCCUGUCCUCGGGAACUCGCACAUCUGACGUUUUCGUGGCGCCCAUGGGGUCCAAAGCAAAGAUAGAAAGGAGAGGGGCUAUCUAUCGUCCUGCAGCUCGCCACUCGGAUCAC